AUGGAAGACGUCUUUCGUGAAUUCUGUGAUGCCUCGAAGAAAGGAUCUACUACGGCCACAGACAAAACUGUGAAGAAAAUAUGUACGGAUUGCAAAAUUUACAGCAAGAAGUUGGACGCUAACGCUGUCGAUAUCGCGUUGAGAAAAUUCUUGGGAAACCGCUCCAAGGAGAUGAACUAUGAGAGCUUUAUGGCGUUCGUUGAUGGUGAGCUUGCAAGUGAAUAUGCCAAAAGCAGGGGGAUAGGCCAGUCGGAGGCUGCCAAAGAACUUCGUCAGAAAAUAUCUCAGGGAGCACCGAAAGGUCAUGGAACUACCGGAGUUAGUGGUGAUGCAGCCACUGCCAGAUUGACCGAUGUCAAGGGCUACACAGGCUCUCACGCUCAAAGAUUCGAUGCAGAAACUGGGAAAGGAAAGGGACUGGAAGGUCGUGAGGACCGUACUGAGAACACGGGAUACGUGGGAGCAUACAAAGGCAAAGGAACAUACGAUGCGAAACAU